AUGCUCAGACCAAGCAAGCAGAGUCGUUGUACGACCGUUCGCCCUCAGACUUAUGUAAACGUUGCACGCAUCGUAAAUGCCUUCGAGUUAGAAGUUCAAGAAUGGGGACUCACGUCAGAUGCAACACCUGAGCAGCUAACAGAACUGGUAAAGACCAGGCUGAUGGAUUUCUUGGUCACCGACCGCAACCUAAACAUUGACAAGUCUACGGCAAGCGAGGUGGUGCGAAGAACCAUUGCUCGCUGGCUUGCGAUCUGUGAACUGGACUUCAACGAG